AUGGUAAAAUAUGAACGAUCGUUUUCCCGGGUGGCACCCUUUAUUAUUUCGGAAUGUCUGGAAGAUGCUGAAUGCUUAUCACUUGCUUUGUUUCGGAUUUUCUCAAUAUGUGACGGUCAUAGUGUUGCUCUUCUUACAAGUAAUCUGCCACAACUGCAAAAGACUCGAUUUGCUAAUUUAAGUCUUUAUUUCAAAAAAAUUAAAAUGGUUGUCUAA